CGGCCCCUGAUCCGCCGCCGCCGCCAUGCCCUCGGCCAAACAAAGGGGCUCCAAGGGCGGCCACGGCGCCGCCAACCCUUCGGAGAAGGGCGCCCACCCGUCGGGCGGCGCGGAUGACGUGGCGAAGAAGCCGCCGCCGGCGCCUCAGCAGCAGCAGCAGCAGCAGCCGUCGCCGCCCGCGCCGCAGCAGCACCCGCAGCAGCAUCCGCAGAACCAGGCGCACGGCAAGGGCGGCCACCGCGGCGGUCGGUCCUCCUCCUCCGCGGCCGCCGCUUCCGCCGCUUCGUCCUCGGCGUCCUGCUCUCGCCGGCUCGGCCGGGUGCUCAACUUUCUCUUCUACCUCGCUCUGGUGGCGGCGGCCGCCUUCUCGGGCUGGUGUGUCCAUCACGUCCUGGAGGAGGUUCAGCAGGUCCGGCGCAGCCACCAGGACUUCUCCCGGCAAAGGGAGGAGCUGGGCCAGGGCUUGCAGGGCGUCGAGCAGAAGGUGCAAUCUCUUCAAGCCACGUUUGGGACCUUUGAGUCCAUCCUGAGAAGCUCCCAGCACAAACAAGACCUCACAGAGAAAGCCGUGAAGCAGGGGGAGAGCGAGGUGAGCCGCAUCAGCGAGGUCCUGCAGAAGCUCCAGAACGAAAUCCUCAAGGACCUCUCGGAUGGCAUCCACGUGGUGAAGGAUGCCCGGGAGCGGGACUUCACGUCCCUGGAGAACACAGUGGAGGAGCGGCUCACCGAGCUCACAAAGUCCAUCAACGACAACAUCGCCCUCUUCACCGAGGUCCAGAAGCAGAGCCAGGAGGAAAUCAAUGGCGUGAAGGCCAAGGUUGCUUCUCUGGAAGAAUCCGAGGGGCACAGGCAGGACCUGAAGGCCAUGAGGGAAAUGGUGAAGGAAGUGCAGGCAUCCGCCAAGGCCAGAGAGAGGGACGUGGAGGCCCUGCGGAGCUCCCUGCAGGCCAUGGAGUCGGACGUCUACACGGAGGUGCGGGCACUGGUGAGCCUCAAGCAGGAGCAGCAGGCAUUCAAGGAGGCUGCCGACAAGGAGCGCCUGGCCCUGCAGGCCCUCACCGAGAAGCUGCUGCAGUCCGAGGAGUCGGUGGCCCACCUCCCCGAGGAGAUCCGGCGCCUGGAGGAGCAGCUGCACCAGCUCAAGGCCAGUGCAUACAGGUCCGAGGAGGAUGGCGCCUUCAGAAACCUGGACGCCUUGGACACGCUCCAGGAGAAGAGCCAGGGCCUGGACUCGAGGCUGCAGACCCUGGAGGAGGGGGUCCAUUCCAUGCAGGAGGCGUCUGAGCGCCACACUGAGCGCCUGGAGUCCCUGUUGUCACGGAGUGAGGAGCACGAGCAGCGCCUGGACGCGCUGCAGCAGCGUCUGGAAGGCGUGGGGUCCUCCUCGGGGGCAGACAGGGACGGCCUGGCCAGCACGGUGACGAGUCUUGGGGAGGCCCAGCUGGCGCUCUACAGCGACGUGGAGGAGCUGAAGAGGAGCAUGGGCGAGCUCCCCAGCACCGUGGAGUCGCUGCAAAAGGUGCAGGAGCAGGUGCACACCCUGCUUGGGCAGGACCGUGCCCAGGCUGCCCGGCCGCCCCCGCAGGACAUCCUGGACAGACUUGCUGCUCUAGAAAACCUGAAAUCCUCUGUGAGCCAAGUGGAGUCGGACUUGAAAAUGCUGAGGACUGCCGUGGACAGCUUGGUGGCGUACUCGGUCAAAAUCGAAACCAAUGAGAACAACCUCGAGUCAGCCAAGGGCUUGCUGGAUGACCUGAGGAGCGAUCUGGACCGCUUGUUUGUGAAGGUGGAGAAGAUCCAUGAGAAGAUCUAAGCAGCUCUGUGCAGGGCGCCAGCUCCGAGUUCAGUUUCUCAUGACCAAAAAACGUGUUGUUUUCUCCCCUGGGCCGUCCCCCUCCAUUUCCUGUCCCUGCUCAGAGAGCAGUAGGUGUCCCCUGAACACCACGCACUGCGUUCUUGUGCCCUGUUAAUUUAUUUGCAGUUAUUUCCACAUACGUGGUUUCUUGAGUUUUCUGCUUCUGGCUUUUGGUGGGUUUCCUGAAAGCCCAGACUCGUGCCUAGGAGCUGGCACUGAGCAGGUGGCAGACAAGUGCUAACAGCUCCAACUGAGGAGUAGCAGAAGCAGGUUAACUGCAACAUCCAAAAAAAAAAAAAAAGGCCUGAUUUCAAGCUAGAAACAAGGAGGGGAUACAGGGGCCUUUCCGUUUUAAUUGUCCUUAAGGAAAAUUCAUUUUAGCUUUUUUUAAUAUAUACGUUUGACUAGAGUUUUCAAGAGACGACCUCUCACUUGUCUUCCACUUUAAACUGCUUACAACUCAGAUGUCAUCCCUGGAGCGAGAGGCUGGAGCACCUCUGUCUUUUAAGACAUCUGGCUGCUUGAGGGCCGCCUGCAGCAGGGCACGGGCUGCCCAGCCUGUCCAGAACCACCUAGUGAUCUCCAAGGUAACUAUGCAAAGAAUCCUGGUGGUUCCGAACCAGAAAGCGCACUGCCCAGCAGGGUCCUCAGUGUCCCCCUCCCUUCUCCCCAGCCCCCUCCCCACCUCACCCCAUGCUCCCCAGGGGCACCAAAAGUAAAAGGGCUGUGCUUGAUGGAGGAAGCAGGUUAGGCCAGCUGUCCGCCUGGGGAGGGGCUGUCUCCUUGCGGAAUGUGGGCCGGAGCUUUUCAUUUGAACAUGGCGUCUGUGACAGGAUGUGCCGUCAGCGCGGGCCCAGCUGUCUGGAAGGCACAUGGUACGUGCUGCAAUUCAGUCACUCUUGGCUGUGUCUGUUUUCCUGGGAACUGUAUUGUUCUUUAAUGGCUGUCUUGCUCUUCAAAAACAAGCAAACAAACAAACAAACAAAAAAUUAAAAAAAAAAACAUGAAAAGGAAAAGGAGAAAAAAAAGUUUGUUUAGUUUACUGUGAAAUGAACUGUAUGGCUUAUUUACAGUAUUUUUAAUUCUUAAUAAACACUUGAGCUUUGUUAUGA